GACGACGAGGCGAUUUAUGCAACAGUAUCCUGCUUCAGCACUGCCAAGGCUAUGCGAGAACGCGGUCCGGACAGCCUGGCAGGACUCGUGCUGUAUGUAGGACUCUUCAGGCACCCCGGGAUGCUGCACAGGGCCAAGUAUAGCCGCUUUCGGAACGAGUCCAUCACGUCCUUGGACGAAGGCAGCCCCGGAGGCUCGGCGGGGAACAAGGGCUCGCCGCAACCUCCCUACCCCGCCCUGGCACCUCACCUGCCGGCUGAAGAUGCCACCUUGGCGUCCCAGGAGAGCCCCACCCCACUGUGCACCUUGAUCCCUCGCAUGGCCAGCGUAAAGCUGGCCAACCCAGCCACCUUGCUGAGUCUGAAAAACUUUUGCUUGGGUACCAAAGAGGUACCUCGACUCAAGCUCCAGGAAAGCCAAGACCCGGCUCCCAGCAGCCCGGCUUCCCCUGAAACCAGUCUGAAUAGGGCCGUGCCAGCACCUCCGCCUCAGCGGGACUCUCUGGGGCACAGGGCAACCUCUUUAACUCCUGAUGCCUGCCCGCUUCCCGGCCCUGGGGAGCCAACCCCCGGGAGCAGGCAGGACAAGCACUUUCUGCAGCACCUGUUGGGGAUGGGCAUGAACUACUAUGUGAGGUACAUGGGCUGUAUUGAGGUGCUGCAAUCAAUGAGGUCACUGGAUUUUGGCAUGAGAACCCAAGUUACAAGGGAAGCAAUAAGUCGCCUGUGUGAAGCUGUCCCUGGGGCAAAUGGAGCCAUUAAAAAGCGAAAGCCUCCAGCUAAGUUCCUAUCAACAGUUCUUGGCAAAAGUAAUCUUCAGUUUUCGGGAAUGAAUAUAAAACUGACCAUCUCAACAUGCAGCCUCACACUGAUGAAUCUUGACAACCAACAGAUUAUUGCAAAUCAUCAUAUGCAGUCUAUUUCAUUUGCUUCUGGAGGGGAUCCGGAUACUACAGACUAUGUUGCCUACGUAGCUAAAGAUCCAGUUAAUCAACGAGCCUGCCACAUAUUGGAAUGCAGCAAUGGAAUGGCCCAAGACGUCAUAAGUACCAUAGGGCAGGCUUUUGAACUCCGGUUUAAACAGUAUUUGAAAAAUCCUUCUUUGAAUACUUCUUCUGAAAGUGAGGAAGUGCACGUUGAUGACCAUGCUGAGGAGAGAGAAGAUCAUGAGUAUUACAAUGAAAUCCCGGGCAAGCAGCCGCCUGCAGGUGGUGUUUCAGAUGUACGGAUCAAAGUUCAAGCCACAGAACAAAUGGCUUACUGCCCCAUACGGUGUGAAAAGUUGUGCUAUUUGCCGGGAAACUCCAAGUGCAGCAGUGUGUAUGAGAACUGUCUAGAACAAAGCAGGGCAAUAGGUAAUGCACACGAGAGAGGGAUACAGUCCCAACGAGACACGUCAUUGAUGAAGCCCGCAUGCCGUGUGGAUCUCUUCGACGACCCCUGCUACAUCAAUACGCAGACUCUUCAAAGCACGCUGGGCUCUGCCGGAAAUCAAAGUCCAGCUCACCCACUGGGGAGCCCGUGGUACCGUGAAAAGGCACCAGAAACUGUUCAGCCAGGUGCCACGGCCCAGCCUGCCAGCUCACAUUCUUUGCCACACAUUAAGCAGCAGCUGUGGAAUGAAGACUGCUACCAUGGCAAGCUGAGCAGGAAAGCAGCAGAGAGCCUCUUGGUAAAGGAUGGGGACUUUUUGGUUCGAGAGAGUGCAACAUCUCCUGGCCAAUAUGUGCUGAGUGGGCUACAGGGAGGCCAGGCAAAACAUCUUCUCCUGGUGGAUCCCGAAGGCAAGGUGAGGACCAAGGAUCAUGUAUUUGAUAAUGUUGGCCACCUUAUCAGAUACCACAUGGAUAAUAGUUUGCCAAUCAUCUCUUCUGGAAGCGAAGUAAGCCUUAAACAACCAGUGAGAAAAGAUAAUAAUCCAGUACUUUUGCAUUCCAACAAAUGACAGUAUGGAAGUACCAUCACACUGAUACUUCAGGAAAGUCCAUUUUGUACUAGGACACAAAGAUAAUUCACACCUGGUUUCUAGAUAAAUUAGAGCACGAACUGUGAAGUGUAUCUUUCUGAGACCAUCAUGGACUAGGUCCUUUAUAAAACAAAGAACUAACAAAAAUUGAUCUUCAGAAAGUGAAAAUCAGGAAAGGGGAAGAGGAUGGGUCCCUUUGAAAAGAAAGUAUACAUAUGCACGGAUGUCACUUUUUAAGGCCAUAUUGCAUUAAUAACAAGCUAAAAAAAGCACAAUUAAAAUUUCACGUGCUGAAGACAACUUGAAUGAACUGCUGGGGCAGUGGUAUGUGCCUUUCAACUUGAUAAUUUGGGGACAUUUUCAUAUUGGGGAGAUUCGUUCUAAAUGUCUUCAUAUUCUAUAACUAUAGAACCAUUUGCCAAAAAAGUUUUUCCUUGUUAUAAAAAUAAGAAGCCAUUUGCUUAUUAGUUAUUGACUUUAUUACAUUCUCUGUUUGGUAACACUUUCACCUCAGUGUUAAAAUAAAUUUGACAUUGAAUUUGGACUGUGUCUAUACCAGUGGAAUCAAAUCAAGGGCCACUGAAAGCAAUGGUCAGUUUCAUUGGCCUGUCCCAUUUGCUGUUUAAAGGGUUGGAGCCCAGAUUCUUUGGCCUAGUAUUUCUCAGUCUUUGCUAUUUGGACUGUUUGUAUGCAACAUAUGACAAACUAAAGAAGCCAAAUCUAUGUCAUUUCUGAUUUCAUCGUAUUUCUCCCUCCUUCCCUCUCCCCCUCACCCUUCCCCCCCAAAAAAGAGCUCAUGAGUGCAUGGAUUUAAAAGAUGGCAAACAAACCAGUGUUCUUCAUGUUCAAUCUCCAAAUUGGUUCCAUUCUUAUUUAAAGCACUGAAUUUAUUUUAAAGUAUGGGGAAAUAUCCCCUUGAUUGGUGAUGACUCAUAGGCCCUCAUCUACAUGUAUCCUUAGCACCUUUUCUAGAUAUGACCAGACAAAAUGUACCAGGGAGAAAACACUGAAUGAAACAAUUGGAAAGGUUUGACACAUGCAGGCACACUUGGUAAACCAAUGAUGUAAUGAAGCAUUGUGUAGGGAAAAGCGCUGGACUGGGUCUCAGUGUGACCUUGAGCAACUUGCUGAACCUGUCUGGACUCCAGUUUCCUUGUCUAUAAAAUGAGGGAGCUGGGCUAGGUGAAUUCAUAGGUCCAUUUCAGCCCUAACAUAAUAUGAAUUUAUAAAAGGCACAUUUUUCAUUUAUUAGGGGUCAGUGUUGAUAACCAGUCUGUAUAAUUAAGCUGGAAACUGCAGCUUUUUCCUUUAGUCUGUGUCUGUACUCAUUGAGAUCAUCAUUCAGAUAGCAGAGAUCUGGAGCCUUUCAGUCAAAAACAUUGAAACUUUGGAAAAAUAUAAGUGAUGGUAGUAGAAAUAGAUUUGGUUAUUUUGAGUGGCAGAAAACAGCUUCAGUCUCAGCCCUCUACCUGCCUUUGCAUAUAGAGAUAUGGCCAUUAUUUUAGAGGUUUUUUUGUUUUGUUUUUGUUUUUUUAUCUUGAGUUAUCUGGACAA